AUGGCAAAAACCGAAGCAGAAACAGAAAUUGAAAAGAUGAAGAUCUUAGAAGAAAGAAUAAAAGCACCAUCGAUUUGGUGUCGAUUGCCUUGUGGGAUAAGAUUCGAGGAUCUACAAGACACAAGGUAUGAUGACGCUGCCCAGUUACUGAACGAUCACUAUUUAAACCAAGAGGUGACUUAUAAUUCAGUUAAAAUAAAAAACGACGAAGAGGCGACGGAAGAAUUCCUUAACAACGCUCGUAUAUGGAUGAAAGACAAGAUGUCUAUAGCAGCUGUGAAUGAAGAAACUGAUCAACUUAUUGGAGUCAUUAUAAUGCGAAUCCAAGAGAAAUGUUCUUUCUCCCGUACAUUCAGUCGUGUUAAGUUAACAUAUAACUUGUUAUACGCAAGUAUAAUGUCAUUCAAUAAUGAAAUUGAGAAGUCUGUUAACUUGUUCGACAAGUUGGAAGUGAGGAAAUAUUUGAAAGUUUACGUAUUAGCACUUGAAGAAAGUUAUCGUCAUAAAGGACUUGGUAAAGAGUUGUUAAAAUCAGCGAUGGCGUUAGCUGCCAGUGCCCAUGUACCUGCAAUUUCCGGAAUAUUUACAUCGAAACGAAGUCAAGAACUUGCUGCGGAAUUAAGUUUUGUUAAAUUCAAUGAAAUCUUGUAUAGUAAAUAUUUAAAUAAUGAUCAGGUAUUAUUUCCUGGCACAGGUGAGAAUAUCAGUGCAUCACUAAUGGCAUAUCGCAUACCAGAUGUUGAGGAAGUAGCGGACUUAGAAAUACAGCAACUCGCUAGAUUUAAUAUUGAAACAACAGACGGUGAAGAAAAUAAAAAAAAUACCUAA